AUGUCCGACAUGUCAAUCAAAAUUCAUUCUGAAAAUGCAAUUCAUAGAGAUUUGCAUUCUGGAAAUAUAUUAUUUACAAAUAAAUUUAGUAUUAGUGAUCUUGGAUUUUGUGGACCUGCAGAUAAGCCAUUAAAUAGUAUAUAUGGAAAUCUUCCUUAUAUAGCACCUGAGGUUAUUAUUGGAAAAGAGCAGACUUUUGAAUCUGAUAUUUAUAGUAUUGCAAUGCUUAUGUGGGAAGUUUCAUCAGGACAACCACCAUUUAUUGAUUGUGAACAUGAUUAUGAUCUUGCAAUGAAUAUUGUUAAUGGUAUAAGACCAAAAAUUGUACCAGGAACUCCUUUAGAAUAUAAAAAUUUGAUGAAACAAUGCUGGGAUGCUGAUCCAUCAAAAAGACCAGAUAUUAUUACACUUCGGAAAAAAAUGAGAGAAAUUAAUUUAUUUUAUCAAAGUAAAUCAAAUGAAUCAUUAACUCAACCAGAAGAAAAUAAUAAUUCUGAAAUGGAAAAUCAUACUAGCAGUAGCAAACUAUUUACAAGUAAACUUCAUCAAUUUGAUAAUCUUCCUGAACCAAGAAAUGCUACAGAAGAAGAACAAGAAGCGUUUCAUAGUAAUAAAUCAUAUGAUUUUCAUAUUCCGAAUAAUGUUGAUGAUUUUGAUAAAUUAAGUAGUAAGAAAAAUAGUACUUCAAAAAUAAGUAGCUUAUAUAAAGUUAACAGCAAAAAGUUAUCCAAUAUAUUUAAAAGAAGCUCAAAAAAUGAUUAUUAUAAGAUUGAAUCAAUGCGAAAGCGAAUAAAGAAACUUCAUAUUAACGAUAAUGACGAAGAUGAUACGUAUAACAAUCCGAAUCUUCAUUCAGAAGAGCAAGAUGAAUUGGAACUUCCUGAAUAA